AGGGAGAGAGUGAAAGCUGGAAGCAGGAGAGGGCAAGAGCUGGAAUCCUGGCUUGCAGAUCCGCUCGGCCCGGGUUUGCUGCGUCUCUCUUCCCCCACCCCCGGCCCCUCCGAGAUCUGAUCGCCCCCUCCCUGUGCCGCCAUUGGCUGUCACCGCAUCUCCCAAGCCUUCCAAUGGUCUAACCGGGGCAAGAUGAUGUGCGAAGUGAUGCCGACCAUUAACGAGGACAACCGACGGGGCUCUCAGUAUGGCCCGGAUGACGCCAACUUUGAGCAGCUCAUGGUGAACAUGCUGAACGAGCGCGAGCGGCUACUGGAGAGCCUGCGCGAGGCGCAGGAGAGCUUGGCCGGUGCCCAGUUGCGCCUGCGGGAACUCGGGCAUGAGAAGGAGUCGUUGCAGCGACAGCUCAGCAUCGCACUGCCACAGGAAUUUGCGGUACUGACAAAGGAGCUGAAUCUGUGCCGGGAGCAGUUGCUGGAGCGGGAGGAAGAGAUCGCGGAGCUGAAAGCUGAGAGGAACAACACACGGCUGCUGUUGGAACAUUUGGAGUGCCUGGUAUCGCGCCACGAGCGUUCCCUCAGGAUGACAGUGGUGAAACGUCAAGCCCAGUCUCCUGCUGGCGUCUCUAGUGAGGUCGAGGUGCUCAAGGCCUUGAAAUCACUCUUCGAACACCACAAAGCUUUAGACGAAAAGGUACGGGAGAGGUUGCGAGUUGCUUUGGAGAGAGUCUCGAUACUGGAAGAAGAGCUGGAAACGACAGCCCAGGAUAGGCUGACCAAUGGCACGGCGCUGACUGGCGACGGGGACUCAGAGCUGAUUGAGCGGCAGAGCACCGAGCUUCUCCAGAUGAAGGAGCGCUUGGCCAUGCUGUGCCGCAAGGUGGCGGAGGUGGAGGAGGAGCUGAGCACGGCGCGCAAGGACCUGACCAAAUCCGAGGAGGUGAACGCCAAGCUCCAGCGAGAUUUGAAAGAGGCUUUAGCGCAAAGAGAAGACAUGGAAGAGAGAAUAACGACACUGGAGAAACGCUACCUCAGUGCACAGCGAGAAGCUACGUCGCUUCACGAUGCUAACGAUAAACUGGAGAAUGAGUUGGCCAGUAAAGAGUCCCUCCUCAAGCAGAGUGAGGAGAAGAGCCGGCAGCUCCAGGAAUGGCUGGAUUCCUCCAAACAGAAGCUGCAGCAGACCAUGAGGAAGGCGGAGACUCUGCCAGAGGUGGAGGCCGAGCUGGCCCAGCGAGUGGCUGCUCUGAACAAGGCAGAAGAGAGGCACGGGAAUAUCGAGGAACGGCUGUGCCAACUGGAGACAGAGCUGGAAGAGAAAAACCAGGAACUGCAAAGGGCCCGGCAGCGGGAGAAGAUGAACGACGAGCAUAACAAGCGCCUGUCAGAGACUGUCGACAGGCUCCUCUCUGAAUCCAAUGAGCGGCUACAGCUCCACCUGAAGGAGAGGAUGGCAGCCCUGGAGGAGAAGGAGCAGUUGAUGGCUGAAGUGGAGAGGAUGCAGACGGAACUGGAGCAGUUGAGAGCAAAGACGGGCAUUCGGGAUGCUUACUCGAGGUCACUGCCAGGGAGUGCAUCAGAGCUCAGAUACUCUCACAGUUCCGGCAUUCCUGUGGGCAGCCACAUGGACAUCUAUAGCACCACAGGGGUCCUUCGAAGACCCCACAAAGGACGCUGGGCAGCGCUGAAGGAUGACCCGUCGAAGGUACAGACAUUGAACGAACAGGAGUGGGAACGUGCCCAACAGGCAAAUGUGCUGGCCAAUGUCGCCCAAGCGUUCGAGAGCGACGUGGAUGGCUCGGACAUGGAGGAUGACGACCGCGAGACGAUGUUCAGCUCGGCCGAUGUCCUUUCACCAAGUGGCCAGACUGAUGUCCAGACCCUCGCUCUGAUGCUUCAGGAGCAGUUAGAGGCCAUCAAUAAGGAAAUAAGGAUGAUUCAGGAGGAGAAGGAGACGACUGAACUGAGAGCGGAGGAGAUUGAGAGCCGGGUGGGCAGUGGCACACUGGAGGGGCCGCAGUCCGGUCGGUAUCGCUCGGCCCCCACCCUCCCGCACUCCGUCACUGCCUCGACCCUCGCCAGUCCCUCGCCCCCGAACAGCGGGCACUCCACCCCGAGGCUGACACCGCACAGUCCCGCCCGAGACUCUGAUCGGCUCAGUGUGGGCAAUGCUAACUCCCUGAGCCGGGAGGAUUCCCGAGAGGACAAGCCCACCAUCCAGUGCGAGACGUCCCCCCCUCUGACCCCCCGGGCUGCCCGGUUGGAACGGGUCAGCCAGGCCCUGCAGGCCAGCGCUCUGGAAGACAGUCGGGAGGUCCGCAAUUUGUCAGGCCUGCAGGAUGGUCUUGGGAACAGCAGUAGUAACAGCAGCCAAGACUCCCUCAACAAAGUUCCCAAGAAGAAGAGCAUCAAGUCAUCCAUUGGCCGACUGUUUGGCAAAAAAGAGAAAGGACGAAUUGGGCCUGGUGUCCGGGAGCCUUCCUCACAAGCCGGAACGCCAGACACAGAGACGUCCUCUCAGGACCCCCUAGGACUCUCAAAAUUGGGUGGGCCAGUGGACAAGGACCGAAGAAAUAAGAAAAAGCACGAACUGUUGGAGGAGGCGUGUCGUCAGGGUCUUCCAUUUGCUUCUUGGGAUGGUCCCACUGUCGUAGCAUGGCUGGAGCUGUGGGUCGGGAUGCCCGCGUGGUAUGUGGCAGCUUGUCGCGCCAAUGUGAAGAGUGGAGCCAUCAUGUCAGCUUUGUCCGACACUGAGAUCCAACGCGAGAUUGGAAUCAGCAACCCCCUGCACCGAUUGAAGCUGCGAUUGGCCAUCCAGGAGAUGGUGUCACUAACCAGCCCAUCGGCACCCACCAUCUCUCGAAUGAACACGGGCAACGUGUGGGUAACACAUGAGGAAAUGGAAACCCUGACGACAUCAACAAAGACGAUCUUGGCGUAUGGCGACAUGAACCACGAGUGGGUGGGGAACGAUUGGCUACCCAGUCUCGGACUUCCGCAGUAUCGGAGUUACUUCAUGGAAUCACUGGUCGAUGCCCGCAUGUUGGACCAUCUGACCAAGAAGGAACUUCGAGGCCAACUGAAGAUGGUCGACAGUUUUCACAGAAUCAGUCUCCACUAUGGCAUCAUGUGUCUGAAGCGGCUGAACUACAACAAGAAGGAGCUGGAGAGCAAGCGGGAGGGGAGUCUCAUUCAGCUGAAAGAUUGCGGGACAUGGGGAAACAUCCCCUCUACGUCUGCUUUGCCAUCUUAUAUCUCUCAAUUAGAUUGCUUCUCAUUCUCCUCAGCUCAAGGGAGCAUAGGCCUAAACUGCUCAAUCUUUCCUCAUCAGACAAACCAAUUAUCUCUGGGAUUAAUCUGGUAAAUCUUCUCUGAACUGCCUCCAACACAAUUACAUCCUUUUGUAAAGUAGGGGAAAUGUAUGUAUACUCCAUGUACAGUGGAUUAAAAAGACCUAUGUCUCGACA